AUGAGAAGGUCAGGACUCCAUCCAUGUUUCCACCCCAACCCUGACCCCAAUCCUGACCCCAAUCCUGACCCUAACCCUGACCCCAAUCCUGACCCCAAUCCUGACCCCAAUCCUGACCCUAACCCUGACCCCAAUCCUGACCCCAACCCUGACCUCGAUCCUGACGCCAAUCCUGACCCCAAUCCUGACCCCAACCCUGACCCCAAUCCUGACCCUAACCCUGACCCCAAUCCUGACCCUAAUCCUGACCCCAAUCCUGACCCUAACCCUGACGCCAACCCUGACCCCAAUCCAGACCCUAAUCCUGACCCCAAUUCUGACCCCAAUCCUGACCCUAACCCUGACCCCAACCCUGACCCCAAUCCUGACCCUAAUCCUGACCCCAACCCUGACCCCAACCCUGACCCCAACCCUGACCCCAAUCCUGACCCCAAUCCUCACCCCAAUCCUGACGCCAACCCUGACCCCAAUCCUGACCCCAAUCCUAACCCUAACCCUGACCCCAACCCUGACCCCAAUCCUGACCCUAAUCCUGACCCCAAUCCUGACCCCAAUCCUGACCCCAAUCUUGACCCUAACCCUGACCCUAACCCUGACCCCAACCCUGACCCCAACCCUGACCCCAAUCCUGACCCUAACCCUGACCCCAAUCCUGACCCUUACCCUGACCCCAAUCCUGACCCUAAUCCUGACCCCAAUCCUCACCCCAAUCCUGACCCUAACCCUGACGCCAACCCUGACCCCAAUCCAGACCCUAAUCCUGACCCCAAUUCUGACCCCAAUCCUGACCCUAACCCUGACCCCAACCCUGACCCCAAUCCUGACCCUAAUCCUGACCCCAACCCUGACCCCAACCCUGACCCUAACCCUGACGCCAACCCUGACCCCAAUCCAGACCCUAAUCCUGACCCCAAUUCUGACCCCAAUCCUGACCCCAAUCCUGACCCUAACCCUGACCCCAAUCCUGACCCUAAUCCUGACCCCAAUCCUCACCCCAAUCCUGACCCUAACCCUGACGCCAACCCUGACCCCAAUCCAGACCCUAAUCCUGACCCCAAUUCUGACCCCAAUCCUGACCCUAACCCUGACCCCAACCCUGACCCCAAUCCUGACCCUAAUCCUGACCCCAACCCUGACCCCAACCCUGACCCCAACCCUGACCCCAAUCCUGACCCUAAUCCUGACCCCAACCCUGACCCCAACCCUGACCCUAACCCUGACGCCAACCCUGACCCCAAUCCAGACCCUAAUCCUGACCCCAAUUCUGACCCCAAUCCUGACCCCAAUCCUGACCCUAACCCUGACCCCAACCCUGACCCCAAUCCUGACCCUAAUCCUGACCCCAACCCUGACCCCAACCCUGACCCCAACCCUGACCCCAAUCCUGACCCCAAUCCUCACCCCAAUCCUGACGCCAACCCUGACCCCAAUCCUGACCCCAAUCCUAACCCUAACCCUGACCCCAACCCUGACCCCAAUCCUGACCCUAAUCCUGACCCCAAUCCUGACCCCAAUCCUGACCCCAAUCUUGACCCUAACCCUGACCCUAACCCUGACCCCAACCCUGACCCCAACCCUGACCCCAACCCUGACCCCAAUCCUGACCCUAACCCUGACCCCAAUCCUGACCCUAACCCUGACCCCAAUCCUGACCCUAAUCCUGACCCCAAUCCUCACCCCAAUCCUGACCCUAACCCUGACGCCAACCCUGACCCCAAUCCAGACCCUAAUCCUGACCCCAAUUCUGACCCCAAUCCUGACCCUAACCCUGACCCCAACCCUGACCCCAAUCCUGACCCUAAUCCUGACCCCAACCCUGACCCCAACCCUGACCCCAACCCUGACCCCAAUCCUGACCCCAAUCCUCACCCCAAUCCUGACGCCAACCCUGACCCCAAUCCUGACCCCAAUCCUAACCCUAACCCUGACCCCAACCCUGACCCCAACCCUGACCCCAAUCCUGACCCUAACCCUGACCCCAAUCCUGACCCCAAUCCUGACCCCAAUCUUGACCCUAACCCUGACCCUAACCCUGACCCCAACCCUGACCCCAAUCCUGACCCUAACCCUGACCCCAAUCCUGACCCUAACCCUGACCCCAAUCCUGACCCUAACCCUGACCCUAACCCUGACCCUAAUCCUGACCCUAACCCUGACCCCAAUCCUGACCCCAAUCCUGACCCUAACCCUGACCUCUACCGCGACAGAAUCCAGCCGGACUGGAAACUGAGCAUGUGUGGAAACAAAGGUCAGUAG